GAAAAUCCUCCAAAUUUGUUUGAAACUUAGCACGGGAAAGAUGUCAUCAUCAGAAAAUAAUUCUCAGAAAAACACAGUGGAGGGUAAUACAGAAGCUCAAGCCACACAAAAAGGUCAAGACAACCAAGCGAACCAGGAAAAACAAGAAAGUCAAGUGAGCGAUGCGGAGAAACUAGAAAAAGAGAGUUCUGAGAAGCAGGAAAGCUCUGAAAAGCAGGACAGUUCUGAAAAGGAGGACAGUUGUGAGGAGCAGGAAAACUGUGAGAAGCAGGAAAGCACUGAGAAGCAGGAUAGUUCUGGGAAGGAAGAAAGCUCUGAGAAGCAGAACAGUUCUAAAAAGCAGGAAAGUUCUGAGAAGCAGGAAAGCUCUGAAAAGCAGGACAGUUCUAAAAAGCAGGAAAGUUCUGAGAAGAAAGAAUGUUCUGAGGAGAAGGAAUGUUCGGAGAAGAAAGAAUGUCCCGAAAAUACGGAAUGUUCUGAGAAGAAGGAGAACGAGGAGAAAAGUCCUUGGUACGUAUGGACUCAGGAUUCUUCUGAGAACCAGGAGAAGGAGAAGAACUUGAAGACAGAAAAGAGUGAAGAGAAGCAGGAAAAGCCGGAAGAUGAAAAGAGUCAGGAGAAUCAGGAGAACGAGGACAGCAAGGAAAAGCCCUGGUACUUGAAAUGGACUCAGAGUUCAAAAGAUGAAGAAAGCAAAGAAAAUGCAGACAACCAAUCUGAGGAGGAAGGACAACAGAAAGCGAAAGAUGAAGAGACCACCAAGAAACCACAGAAUCAGGAAGACCAGAAGAAUAACAAGAAUGAGAAAAGUCCGUGGGAUAAGUGGACCAAGGACCCAAAGAAUGAGAAGUAGAUUUUAAAGAAGUUUUUCGUAGUUUUUUUUAUUUCCAUUAGAACACAAGAAUAAAAAGAUUAUUGUUAAAUCA